AUGCUGAUCCGCUUCGCCACCGUGGUUCCAACCCUUACCUUCUUUAUCUCACCACAGAAUCCACACUUUCGUUGUGGUUCAAAUUCAACCUCUGGUCGUCAUCGUUCAAUCUAUGUCUCAUCUCAAUGUGCAACUUCUGUCUUAUUGUUCUCGCUCCGAACAACACAGUGGCUAAAUCGAGGACGAAAUCUCGGGGAAAUUCUUAUGGAGCAGUGGAAAGAAUCAGUUGUGGAGAGGAGAUUCUUGAAGAUGGAAGAAGGUGACAAUAUAGAUGAAGCUGAGAGAGCUGAAGAUGAUGAUGAGAAGGUCGAAGAGGCCGAGAGAUAG